AUGCAGGUCAUUACUCUGAACGUUCGGUACGAACGGUUCGGAUUAUACACAAAAAUGGAAGGAAAUACUUCUCACAAAGAAAAUCUUGAUCCAGUUACUCCAAUGCAAGAUCCUGUGAUAUCAACUAAUCCUGUAGUUAUAAAGAAAAGGGCUGAAACGUUUUUAGGAGGAGCAUUGGCAGACAAGAAAAAGACAAAGGGUAUCCUUCGAGAAGAAAUUCAAGAAAACAGACCACAAAGGGCAAUAACAUUCACAGAAUUUGAAAAAAUCGUGGGACAAAACAUCGUAUCCCGUCUUACUUCUGAGACACCCGAUAAAUCAAAUUGUUUUUACAAAGCAUUAAAAGACAUAUACGACCAUUUGAAAGGCAAAAAUAUAGAACAGGAAGACAGUACUAUUUCAAGCGAUUAUUUAGUAAUUGAAAAUAAAUUGAUGGCAAUAAAUGACAUACCGAUCGUAAUUUCAAACUCCAAUAAUAUUGAAGAAUCUCAUACCGACACUAUUGAAACUGAAACUACAGAGAAUACUGAAUUACCUACAACAGACUUAUUUGACGAUUUGAAGACCCUAAACCUAACAGAGUCCUACAAUUUGUCAGCAGAUAUUCGGAAUACUAUUGAAAUGAAUAAUAAUUACAAACAGAGCCAACUUAUAGCGAAUUCAGAUUCAGACACUCAAAAUUACUUAAAAAAUGAAAUAUUUAAUGUUCUGGAACCUACCAGUGAUAAUGUCGUUAAAGGCCCUAAUCAAUUGAUGUCACCUAAAUUAACAGCUAUUGCUGAAAUGCAUAAUGUUGACAAACCGAGCGAAAGUACAGCGACUGUUAAUGUUCUAAACAAAGAGUCAAAUGAAAUAACAAACCCAAAUUUAUUAGUAAUAGAUAACGUUACAGAGACUAUUAAUAAAUCAAAUAUUAAUAACCAAAACCAAAUAGCAGAGACAGAAAAUAACAAAAAAUAUGAUUUUAAUUUUGGCAAUGCUAAAUGCGAUAGCGAAAUGACACCUCCGAAAUUAAAAGAAAUUCUCAAUUGGCCCCAGACACCACAACGUAAAGGGAAAAUUAUGACCCACAAUCCCAUUUAUGUCUUGACUAGUCGCAAAUGGCUUGAAAUCGAGGAAAAGAAAAAAAAUGAGAAGAAAACAAAAGAAAAAGAGAAAGAAGAACGUAAAAAAAGAGAGAGAAGAGAAAAGAAAACAGUAAAAAGCGUCACAAAAAUAUCAAAGCAUACCAAAAAUAUGAAAAUCGAUUCGGAAAACUUAGAAAACAUUGAAAUAUUAAGACAAAAAGAAAAAGUUCCUAGGCAUCUAUUAAAUAAAAACUCAAAAAUUGAAGAAAAUAACAGAAAAAAUAAAGAGGAAACAAAAACCGAAAUAAAAGAACGAAAAAGAAAAUAUGAUAAAUCAAUAACCACUGCAUACAAUAAAAAAAUUAAAAUAGAUGUAUGUGAUAAAGAGACUGAGAACAAUAUUUUUAAGUGUGAUGAUACCAAGACUGAGUUAUUAGAUAUAGACCAGAUUAAAAAAACUACUCCAAAGCCUAAUAAAGAAAGUAACAUUAAAAUUUUGUCUGUUGUGAAGGCGCCAGUUAUGCAUAAUCCAAGAAAUAUUUUUAAUGAAAACAGUUGCGUUGAUACAAAGGUACCAUUCGUUUUAUCCAAACCCAAAUCUAUACUAAACAGAAGAGAGACAUUCCGUAAUGAAGAAGAACUGAGUAAUUUUCUUAAUGAUGAAUACCUAAAUAUGGACGAAAGCUCGAUGUAA